GCUCCCGGGGUGCAGGUCGCCCCUUUCCGCUUAGGGCCUGAGGAGCCCACCCCGCAGCCCUGAUUAAGCUGUGGCUUCCCUGGCCCCACACGGGGGUCACGGGGCCGCCGGAUGAGCUCACUUCCUCCGCAUCCUGUAGCAUCUCCUGCCCCACGGCCCGGAAAAGGGAAAUGCUGGUGUUGCCGGCGGCUCUAACCCUCCUGCGCCGAGAGCUCCGGGCCCAUUUCCUCUGUGCUGCCGAAAGGGCCUGGGACGCGCAUCAGAGGGGCAGGGAGACUCCCCUAUCCUCAAUGGGAACUGGAUGAGUUGAGAUUGUCACCAUGUACCACCCGAGGGCGGGGAGGGGGACACCCUGCCCCCCAGAACCUCAUUCCCCGCUGGCGCUAAGGAUUGCUGGAGAGAAGGUUUUUUUCCUUGGAGGGAUUUAAGAAAGACCCCUGCCGAGUCCUAUUCCCACCUCCACCGCCCUUGAAAGAGGCACCUUUGGACCCUUCUCUUUGCUUCCUUACUCUUCUCUUGCCCAAGGCUUCCUGAAGAUGGUUCACCUGGGAAGAAUCCAUUUUCCUGGGUCCCCACUUGUGAUGUUUUGUCUGCUUCUAGCCCUGCAACUCGGGGGAGGGAUGGUUGGUGGCCUCACCUGGAUACAGCUGCCUGGCCUGCUCUCCAGAGUGGGAGCAAGACAGGCUGGGGACAUGUGAUUUGGGGACACUGGGGUUUCUGCUGAGGCUUCAGGCGGGGUAAAUGGCACCCAGGGCACUUUCCCCUCAGGGAUCAGGAGCAACUCUCGGGCUGUCUUGGACUGGACAGUGCAGGCCUGCAAGGCCUUCGUCCUGGUCAGUGAGGGGUGGGAGGCAAUGUUACAGCACCACUCGAGUGUGACCCGCGGAACAGCACGUCCUGACAGAGGUGACCUGUUGAGCCAUCACCUCUGUCAUCACUGCCCUGUGACUUGGGCUCUGUUCCUUCCAUCUUCCCAGUGGUAGCAAACUUCUGUCCUCCCAGAGUGUGGGUAUGGACAGGGAGGGCAGGCGUGGGGAGCCAGGUCUGAGGGAUGAGGCUGCACUAAACUCUUGGGUGGACAAGAGACAUGGGCUUUCUGAGCAGAACUUUCUCAGCCAUGGUCACAGCUGUGAUUUGAGCCUCAAGGCAGGAGAGUAGAAGGAAAGAGCCUUCCCAUUUCCAGAUGAGGAAACAGAGACCCAGAGGGCGCCUGUGACUUGCAAGACCUUUCCUAGCUUUCAGGGCAAGGGUAGGAGGAGGUCAGCCAGGACCACAGUAACCAGAGUGUCCCUGUGCCCCACCAAAGCCACUCUGAGUUCCUAUGUUCCACAUGGCUGGCCCUUAGGCUGUGUAAUGACUUUAAGGUCCUACUGGUCACAGCACCAAACUCCCCUCCACAGUGUCCUUGAGGAAUGGAGGGAGGGAUGGUGUCUGCACUUGGCUUCAGGGCACCCUCCUUGCAGACUCAUCCAGGCCUGAGCUCCCCAAGUUGGACUCGGAACCAGAGAGGGAGGAAGCUCUGUCUUGGCCUCCAGAGGUCGUUGGAGGUGCAGAGGGCAAGUGGGGCUCUGAGAUGGGGAUGCUGGGAGCAUUAUUGGCUGAGAACGUGGCUCUGCCCUUGAGAAGUGAGGAAGGGGGACCGCCAGGGACCCUCUUCCCUUCAUCCUGCAGCUCUGAGCUGGUCAGAGGGUCUGGACCAUUUCCUGGGGGACAGCUGAAUUCAUGUCUGCUCCUGGGAGGCCUUGUGGGGCCCACCACUGGUGAUUGCUGUCAAAUUUUAGAAGAGGAGGUGGAGUAGGGACAAGACUAGAUUGAGGUUUAAGGACCUCCUGUCCGGCCCCUCAGGGCCAUUUUGGAGUGUUUUCUGGAUAGCAGCUCCCUGACUGCUGGUCUUCCCUGAGCCCCUCCACUGCGGGAGGAGGGUGAGGCCUGCCCUGCCCUGGUGGCCUGUCUGGUACAGCCAGCCCUCUGGACUGGAGGCCCUGGGGGAGAAUGAAGUGCAAAGGCACAGGUGGGAAUCUGCCGUGAGGACCUGAGGUUUGGAGCCAAGCUGGGUUUGCCUGUGGGCUCCUGAAUGGGCCUUUCUGACCAAAACCUGCAGUGGUCACAGUCCUACCAGUAAGAGAGCUGGGGAAAACUGGCUGGAGGCCUGGGCUCCCGUCCUGGCCCACGAGGCCUCGCUUGCCUCCACAGUGUGUGUGCAUGGUCUGAGCUUUCUAGAGUCAGGGAAGGAGCCUCGUUCUGGAGCCCAGCACCAGGCUCAACUGCCGGUCACCUGUUUCCUAGGCGAGGGAGGCGGGGGUGGGGCGAUGGGAGUUAGCGGGACUUCACCUGGAGUGUCCAUGGUGCCUGUGGCCCAGCUCUCUGACAGGAGGAGUCCUGGGUGGCCGCUUUCCUGCCACUCAACCAGUGGGUGGGCUGGGGAGAUGAGCUGGCAGGGGGUGGUCCUGGGCUGGGGCAGAAAUCUACUCUAACAUCCAAACAGUUGGCCUCAUCCUGGUUCCACAGCCACACGCACCCAGGGGUCCGGCAGGUGCCAGGCUGGUGGUUUCACCUCCUUAGCCGAGGUGGGUUUGAGGGCAUCAGGUCUUCAGCCUGUGCAGGUGGAGCCAUGUCUGAUUCUGCCCUGUUCAUUGGUGGGCUGGGUCAGUUCUCCACCCUCAGGACCUGCGUAUCUGCGGGCCGCUGGGCCUUGCGGAGGCUGGGUGUCCUUGCCGGAAGCCUGGGAACCUUCGGCCAAAGUGCUGUUCCUCCCCAGAGAGGUGGGAAGGGCUGGUUUCUCUGAGGUUGCCCAGGUGCCCUCAUCCAAGGAGACAGGUGUGGGGACUCGGGCUGGAGGAGGGGAGAGCGGGAGCAGGCCAGAUGCCGGGGUCUCACCCGCCGCGCCUCUCCCAUCUUCCCGCCCCCUCAUCCCUCAGAUGCUACUCUGUCACCUGAAAGGAAAAUGGGUCAGGUCCUGGCAAGGGAGGGGCCGCCCUUGCCACAGACAGGCCGACGCUGGGCCCGGAGCGUGGGGCUCAGAUUCCUGCUUGAGCUCCUGUGGCCAGAGGCACCCAGUCCCCAAUCUGCCAUGAGCGGGCAGCCAGGCUAGCGACAGAGCAGGCCGAGGUGGGGGCUGAUGCACGGGCCCUGAGCAGGUGUGUGACUGGUGCCUAUUUCUGCAACAGCCCCAACCUCUCCCCUGCACCCUUGAGCCUUCGGACCUUACCCAGCCAGGAAGCGGCUCCCCAGCCACCAGGGGCCUGGCGAGGCCAGCCCAGGAGCCGUGACAGCACCAGAGCUCCUGGGGGGAAGGGAGGAGGAGGAGAGACAAAGGGAAAGAGCCUGGCGCCGCCUCCCUGUGCCGCCCACCAUGUGUCAGUCUGAGGCGCGGCGAGGACCUGAGCUCCGCGCGGCGAAAUGGUGAGAUGCUGCCGGCUGCAUCCGCAUCCUUACCCCGCCGCACCCCGCCUCGACCUCCGGAAGGUUGCACUUCCCUCAGCUGGCCCUGAGGCGGAGGCUGGGACAGCUGAGCUGCAUGUCCAAACCCGCCCUGAAACUGCGCUCCUGGCCCCUGACGGUACUCUACUACCUCCUGCCCCUCGGCGCCCUCAGGCCGCUCAGCCGGGUGGGAUGGAGGCCUGUGAGCAGGGUGGCCUUGUACAAGACAGUGCCCACGCGCUUGCUGUCGCGGGCCUGGGGCCGCCUCAACCAGGUGGAGCUGCCGCACUGGCUGCGCAGGCCCAUCUACAGCCUGUACAUCUGGACCUUCGGGGUGAACAUGAAGGAGGCCGCAGUGGAGGACCUGCACCACUACCGCAAUCUCAGCGAGUUCUUCCGACGCAAGCUGAAGCCUCAGGCGCGGCCCGUGUGUGGCCUGCACAGCGUGAUCAGCCCAUCGGAUGGGAAGAUCCUCAACUUUGGGCAGGUGAAGAACUGCGAGGUGGAGCAGGUGAAGGGGGUCACCUACUCGCUGGAGUCAUUCCUGGGUCCACGCACCUCGGCUGAGGACCUGCCCUUCUCUCCAGCCACCUCCUGCAGCUCCUUCAGGAGCCAGCUGGUCACCCGAGAAGGGAACGAGCUCUACCACUGCGUCAUCUACCUGGCCCCCGGGGACUACCACUGCUUCCACUCUCCCACCGACUGGACCAUUUCUCACCGACGCCACUUCCCAGGCUCUCUGAUGUCCGUGAACCCUGGCAUGGCCCGCUGGAUCAAAGAGCUCUUCUGCCACAAUGAGCGGGUGGUCCUGACCGGGGACUGGAAACAUGGCUUCUUCUCACUCACAGCCGUGGGAGCCACCAACGUGGGCUCCAUCCGCAUCUACUUUGACCGGGACCUGCACACGAACAGCCCGCGGUACAGCAAGGGCUCCUACAAUGACUUCAGCUUUGUGACACACACCAACAAGGAGGGCAUCCCCAUGCGCAAAGGCGAGCACCUGGGCGAGUUCAACCUGGGCUCCACCAUCGUGCUCAUCUUCGAGGCCCCCAAGGACUUCAACUUCCAGCUGAAAGCAGGACAGAAAAUCCGAUUUGGGGAGGCUCUGGGUUCCCUCUAGAGCCUCUUUCCUGGCCACGGCUGCUACGGGGUCUUUUCCAGAGAAGCGUGUUCUGAGGAGGACCUCCGAGGCUGUCUGGGGAAGGGACUGUUGAGUCUGACCAGGCAGGACCUGGGUGACUUGUGUCUCUGCUGCCCAGGGGUGCAGACAAGGUCAUCAGAGCCCUUGCCAUGCCCCUAGACCAGUGUUGUCCCCUUUCCCACCUGAAGACAAAGUGCAGGCUGGGAUGGUCUCACAUUCCCUCUUGGAGAUACUUUCUAACAUGUCAUAUAAACUGGAGACCCUACCUCUCCUGGCCGAGCAUUCAGUUGGUCUUGAUUUCCAUUCUGAGAUAAGUGGUAGUACCGUACCUUCUUGCUGCUCCUCCCAGCACUGCUUUUUGGCUUCCCUUGCACGGGGUGAGGUGCCUCCCAGCACUGACUGUGGGUCCUCGCUGCCCUCCAGAGCAGGGCCAUGGGGCCUGGAAUGCAGCCUCUUUCUAUUCCCAAAUUCGCCCCACCCUGCUUGUUGGGAAAAAAUGUCUUUUCUCUCUGCACUUGUGGCUGAACUCUGCCAGCAACCCCCCAACUGUGCCAGCAGUGUAGGGGUGGCCACUAAUGGUUCAGUGCUUUGCAGGCCCUGAUGACUUCUGGAGCUGGUUGGUCCUCUUUCUAGUGGGCAGGACCCAUGAUUAAACCUGCUCAGGGGUUUCCAGUGACUGGGGCAGGUGGUGGUGGUGGCCUAGCUGGGGUCAGGGGAGAGCCUGUGUCCCCUCCCUAUAUCCAGACCUACAUAAAACAUGGGAAAGUUGCUGCUGUUGACUCAGCGGCAUGUGUUGGACAUAGAACCCUGGUCUGUCUGGUAUGUGUGGUGGGGGAGGGGGGAGGGAAAUGUCAGUGCCUAGAAAACCUGUCCCCAGGUAACAGGUACGCAGUCCUUGGGGAGCCACUGAUGGUGGGGACAGGGCCAGGUUUCAUGUUUCCUGGGGACGCUGUGAAUUUCUCCUGCAGGAGAAGCCAUUUGAACUUUUUCAACUGUAUCAGUAGCACUGUAUUUUUGUAUGAAAAGUGGGAGACUUCUGAACAGUGAUUCAUUUAAUUGCAACAUUUUGCAAUAAAAAAAAUUCAUUGCA